GCGCCUGAACUUUACAUGGCGGUCACCUUCAAAGACGCUGACUAACAAUAUAUUUUACUGAUUAAAAAGUAAACAUUUAAAGUUAUAGAUCAUAUAGGGAAUGAAUAUAAUUACAUUCACAAAAUUAACUUCUGCAACUAUUUAAAGUUUAAGUGUGCAGUAUAACCUACGCGACAUGAAAUUGACAAUCAAACGAACGCUGAGUUUAGUGUUUGACAAAAGACAGUGACAGACUAACAAAUAGCAAUAUUUGCUAAAUAAAGGAUAAACAAUGGUGAUUUCUGGUGGAUUCAGCUGGCUUCCUCCGUAGGCUAUGCAGGUUUGAGGACAACAUUAAAUAGUUUGCGGCAACAGAAAGCCUGCACAAGGCCUGCCGCAAUGUCAGGAAUGGAUCUGAGACGAAUGGAGCCAAGACUCGUUAAAGACAUAAGCAAAGAAAUAAGUACAGAGUUCACCAUGCUGAGAAUUUACCUUGACUUUACAGAGGCUCAGUUUGCAAGAUUGAAACAUGCUUAUCACAAUAUGGAUGAUCAGAUAUUUGUCAUGCUGAAUGCGUGGCACGAUGUGGUCGUCAGGUGUGGAGAGAACCCUCGCCACCUGCUUGCUGCUGCAUUAGACGACUGCGAGAACCGCUUCUUGGCCGUCACCAAGCUAGUGACCCCUAAAGAAUUGGAUGAACUUACGCCUAGGGAGAGAGAACCACGUGAAGAAACAAAAAAACUAAUUAAGGAGAUCAAUUUUACUGUCCCUGGAGAUAUGGCAGGGACUAGGCCUAUUUUCAACGUUGGGGCACCUAACGCAGUAAACGUGUUUCCAGGUGGUAGUUUAAUCAACCAUGGUGAACUGUCUCUUGGAAUUAAAUAUCCAGAAAUGCUGCAAUCUAUGAUGGUGCAUUAUUACGACAAGACACUUAGUUACGUUCCAACAUCAGCAUUGAAUAACUGGGUCCAAGCUAAGGUAGUUGACAUUUACAUGCCACCAAAUUUGAGCCUGAUGGUGAAAGACAAAGACAGUGGAAUCUUCAAGAAAACGGCUAAAUCUAUUCAACAAUACAGCAAUAUGUUUUUGAACAAUGGAAAAUACAACCGAAACAUUUUCAUUCAAGGCGAGUCAGGUUCUGGUAAAUCCACAUUUCUCGCCAAAUUAGUUAUGGACUGGAUACAAACAACAAAAUCAGUCAAACGGAUUGAGACGGAUUACUCAAACACUGCCGAUUCUGAUACACGAGUGAUAUCCGCUAAUUUCUUUAAAGAUUUAACGACCCUAAAAGAAUACACGUUCGUCUUCCAUGUCACUUUAAGGGAUUCAGUAAAUGAGUUUAUGAUUUUACAGAUGAUUAAAGAACAAAUAAUUGACCAAAUAUGGAGCGAUAAGAAAGAGCGCAAGAAUAUGUACAAACUACUCAAUGGGAUCAUGAAACGUGAACGCUGCUUGAUAUUACUGGAUGGUCUAGAUGAGUGGACUGGCAAUGCAGGCCAUAUCCUGCCGGCAUUGGCUGUAUCUCACAGCCAGUGUGAUGUGUUGAUUACAACUCGACCUUGGAAAGUGACAGAAACGGAAAUCCCAAACCAGAAGAUUAGCUCGCUGUUGCAACUGGAAGGAGUAAAUGAGCCUUUUGAGAUCAGCAGAAGACUGCUGGGCUGUAGGGAUGAUUGUAAAGAUAGUAAGGAUUUGGACAAAAAGCAAUCUGAAUUUAAAUCGUACAUAUUGAAGAACGACUUGAGAAAGUUUUUGAUUUCGCCAAUGCUGUUACAGUUGAUAUUGCAGUCAUGGGUUGAAGGGACUGAAAUGAAAGGUUCCACGUGUGAAGUAUACAGCCUCUUCCUAGAAAGUCUUAUUAAGAAGGCGAACGAGCAAAGAAGAACAUUUCAAAAGCCAUCCUUCCGAUGCUUCAAAAGGACCCAAUACAUACAGCCUAAUAUUGAAAACGUGGAUCGUCUUGCUGAAGCGGCAUUCCAUUUGUUGUUUUCAAAUACAAGGGACUGUUCACUAGUGUUUAGCGAUACAGAUUUGGAACGAUUUGGAUUAGAUGAAGGAGAACGAAAGGAGUUUGCAUUCAAAUCCGGUAUUUUAUCUGCAGCACGAAAAUCGUCUUCAUUGGGAUCAUCGUUUUCAUUUUCCUUCAUUCAUAAGAGCGUACAGGAAUUCCUCGCUGCUUAUUAUAUCGCCUGCAAUACCCAUCUGAUUGAUGCCAUCAUUUCCGGAUAUCUCAACCGUUACAAGGAUGCAUUUAUGGACAUUUCACAAGUGUUCAUAUUUCUUUGUGGACUGGAAAUAUCAGCUGCGAAUAAGCUAUCUAGCAUGAUGAAUGAAUGCGAUCUUUAUUGGCGUACUGAUAAGUUUCCAAACAUCAUACUUUCAGGAUACAGAGAAGCUGUUGCGAAUAAGAAUUCUGACAUUAUCCUCCAACUCAGUAACUUUCAUUUCCGAUUACCGGUCACUGAAAUAAGUGACCUCUACAACAUCUGGAUAAAAAACACGUCAAAUAUUCUGUCCUUGUAUCUAUUCAUAGACGAGGGAGAAAGUCAGAGUUCCCCUGAAAGAGGCGAGUGUGCAUCUCAUUAUGAGUUUGACAUGUCAUCGUGUAGCAAGCUGAAAAAGUUAACACUAUGGGGCAAAAACAUAUGUCUAAAAGAUUCGUCUUGUUCGUCCAUAUCGGGGCAUGUGGUCUGGAUUGUUCUAAACAGUGCAGACCCUUUACCAGCAAUACCCUGCAUAGAACGGAUUGACUUGAUCAAAGUUACAAUUUCCUCUAGAGUUCUCAGCAGUCUUCUCAGCUCUCUGCUGACACUCGAUCACGCGGUUCAUUGUAAGCUGGCCUGCUGUAGCAUAACAUCGAAUGUACAGGGAUCAGAUACAGCAGUUUCUAUGACAGUUUUAAACAAAACAUUAGAAAUUGGCUUUGGGAAAGACAGUCCCGGUCUGUGGGAUGCGCUUCAUCGUCUAAAUAUCAAGAGUCUCAGUCUGGAUGGUGGGUUUUUAACCGUGCUGCUGAUGAAACAUGGGGAGCUGUUGUCCCAGUCACUUUCAUCGCUCACACAGCUGGAAACGCUUACAAUUCAUUUGCGUGCAUAUAUCGCUAUACAGCCACCUCAAUCAUUGAAGAAUUUAAAUAUUUACUGUACGACAUUACUUCCAUCCAAAUUACGCGAACUUAUGGACACACUGCGCGCAUGUACUCAGACAAUUGAGAGUAGGCUUGAAUUCGGCUGUGCGAUGUUAACUAAUGCCGAUGAUAAUCAUCAUGAGGAACGCAUACACCAAAUCGCACCGGAGGAGUACAUUCCCAUCGUACAGGAACUGCAGACGCUGAAGAAUGUUUCAGUGAAUCGAUUCCGAAUUUUAGACCGAAUACGUGAAAACAAAAGGCGUGUACAAGAGUUUUGCUGGUCUGCACAUAGCAAUGGUGAUAUCGAUGACGAUAAACAAAAUGGUGAUAACUUUAAAGAUGAUUUAUAUACAGUGUUCGUUCGAUGUCUGGAUGAUGAAAUCAUACAUCGAAUAUCAAUGCGACUUCUGAUUACUCCAGCCUCGACAUCAAGAGUAAGCAAUCAAUACGGUUGCAACACAUGAUUAUACUAUGAACAGUUGUGUUUGUAAAGUCUGAAAACGUUUGUGUGAAGAAGUAUACAUCUCACUUGGAUAGCAUAUAUAGAUCGUUAUAUUUCUAUAGAAUAUUCUUUUUGUGUAAUUGUUAUUGUAAACAGGUUUGAUAUGAAUACGUGACGUGUUACAAUGUUUAACAUGUAACAUGGUCAUACGAUAAAAAAUGUUAAAAAGAUUAAGUAUUUAGGCCUUCAGAUUGUUGAUACUCUUUCUGGUGACAAUAUUGUAAAUAACAUCGUUUCUACAGUAAAUGCAAAACUUAAAUUAUUAUACAGACACAAAACUUGUUUAGAUUUUAAUUCUAGAAAACUUUUAAGUUCAGCUCUUUUACAAUGUCAUUUUGAUUAUUGUUGUUCAUCUUGGUUUCAUAGUUUAAAUAAAGCCCAAACGAAAAAAUUACAAAUUAUGCAAAAUAAAAUUAUCAGGUUUAUUAAACAUUACGAAUGAUGAUUUUGUACAAUUGAAAAAGUUAAAUGUGGAAAACAGAGUGAAACAGCUUAAAUAAAGUUAUAUGCAUACAAUUUAUUAUGGAAAAUGUCCUUCAUAUCGCAGCAAGAACUUUGAAAAAUCAUCAAGAUCUGGAAAAAGUAAUUUCAUAAUACGAACUGUGACAAAUAAUUAUUUCAAAAAAACAUUCCAAUACUCUGGGUCUAAAGACUGGUAUUCCCUCCCAGAGGACAUCAAAACAGUGGAAAAUUUUGACAAAUUUAAAAGAAUGAUUAAAAAACAUCUACAAACCAAACAAACUGAGAUAAAUAAGAAAAUAUAUAUGUUUUGUUUAUUUUUUAAUAUAUGAAUAUGACUAUGAUAUAGAAGCAAUCGGAAUCUGUGAUAUACUAUUUGAAUUUGAAAUGUUUCCAUAUUUGCAAUAAUAUGUAUUUAGUUAAACGUCAUGUUUGGUAAUGUUUUUCAUUUUUUGUUUACAUUAGUGUAGUUGUCGGAUUGAGACAAAACGCUAGGUUAUUCACAUGUUUUCUCUCAAUCAAACAACAAAGUAUAUAUGUGUAUGUUAGAUCAUAUAACAACUUGAUCAUUUUUUUUCACGUACUUUUAAUGGACCCCAUUGGAAAUAAGCUUUCAGCUUAAUGGGUUAUCCAUAGGUCAAAUAUUGCAUUACAAUUGAUAACUAAUUUUUAUAACUGUUAUAAUAUAUAUAGAUUUGAAUUUAUUUAAAUACUUAUAUAUUAUAUGAUAACUACAGCAGUCAUAAUAACAGUGGUGUAACUAUUGUUUUUAUGCUUUUAUGCAUUGUGAUAUUGUUAUAUGCCGUUUGACCUAGAAUGUUAAAUGAAUAAAUAAAUAAAUGUAUACAAGAACCAUUCAA